CAGUAACACCGACCGACCUGUGGAUGGCAGCAGUGUGCCGCACAGCAUCCAGUCUGCCGGGAAUUCAAAAGAAAAGAAAGAAGAAGUAGAAGACUCACGUUAGCCUCGUGAAGCGGGAAUUGACAGCCCACUAUCAUGGACUGGGGUCAGAGUGAGCUGCUGUCUCCAGUGGUUCGAGAUGAGGAGGUAACAGUCGCUGCCCGCCGGAGGAAGAAGGUGGCCUUCCCGUCACCCGGCAGUGGCAGCCCAGUUGUUUCCACAGCAACGCCAGCCCGCUCCCUGAUGAGGAACACUCCUGCUUCACUGUUCAGACAGGCUGUAACUCCCAGGUUUCCAGAUGUUUCCACAAUUUUGGCUCCAGGAGGUCGAACGCCUCGAUACACACACACACCCAGAAACGCCCUCAGCAGUAUGAAUUUGGACGACAGUGAUUGGAGCAACAGCAUGUACAUCUCCCCUGUUUCGGGAAUGGAUAACUCCAGCUUCUUCUCAGACGACACCGCCAACCUUAGCUCAGCCCUACUAAAGGAGGACGACCCUGGCGAGGCCGCGGCUGCCAGUCUUUUCCCAGAGUUCCUCGCCUCGCUUCAGAAGCACUCUUCCUCCGCGGUGUUUGAGCUGCUCGACGAUUACCAGACACUUUGCCAGGAGAAGGUGGACGUACUGCAGUCUGUGGUCCUCAGAGCGGGUCAGAACAGUAAGACAGCAGGAGUCCACUGGCUGCUGCAGCAGGAGAACUGCACCUGGAGACUCAUCACGUCACUGUACAGGGACCGGGUCCAGUUGGCGCUGGAAGAUGAUAUCAUGACCGACAUGGUUGUUCCCAGUGAGAGUGAGAAGGUUGUGGUGGAGCAGCUUUUCCAGCGGGAUGCCAUCAUACGUCAGAGUCAGCUGGUCGUCGAUUGGCUAGAGAGCAUUGCCAAGGAUAAGAUUGGAGAUUUUUCAGACAAUAUAGAAUACUACGCCAAAAAUGUCUGCUGGGAGAACACACUCCAUUCGCUGAAGCUGAGGAGAAAGAGCGGCACUACCUUCACUGUUCCUCUGGUCACUGAGCUGGACCCGGACGCUCCUUUCAGGCAACAGCGCCCCCUGGCUGACCUGGACAGAGAGGAUGACGCCCGACUGCUGAAGAACCUGUUCAGCCUGAUCAGAGCGGGGAUGACCGAGGAGGCUCAGAGGCUGUGUAAGCGCUGUGGUCAGGCCUGGAGAGCAGCAACUCUGGAGGGCUGGAAACUCUACCACGAUCCCAACAGGACCUCAGUGGGUAUAGAGUUGCAGCCUGUUGAAGGAAACCCUCAGAGAGGAAUCUGGAAGGCCUGCUGCUGGAGAAUGGCUGAGGAGGAGCAGUUAAACCGAUAUGAGAGAGCGAUCUACUCCAGCCUGAGUGGAAACCUCAAACCGGUAAUAUAACGAGUUCGCAUUUCUGUGUCUUCGUGUGUGUGUGUGUGUGAUUCUGUUUGUGUAUAUCGAGAGUUUUCGAACAAAAUUGAAAAUAAUUGAUCUUGUCGUCAAAUGUCAUCGGGGAUGGCCCACCAGGAAAUGGAGACGCUGCCACGAGAAUACCUGGAGGCCAAUUGGACGAUGGAAAAGGUGUUUGAGGAACUUCAGGCCUUAGAGUUGAAGAGGGUGUUGGAGGAGACAAAAGAGCAUCACCAUGUAAUCCAGAAGUUUGUCAUCCUGGGAGACCUGGACGGUCUGUUUGAGGAGUUUUCUGAAUGGCUGACAACCUCUAAGCCCCUCCCUUCCCACCUGCUGCGUUUCAUGACUCACCUGCUGCUGUUUUUCCGCUCUCUGGGUUUGGCAUUGAAGGAGGAGGUGUGUGUGGAUGUGCUAAAGGCGUACGUCUCCCUUCUGGUACGGGAUCAGCAGACCGACCUCGUGGCGAGCUACGUUAGCCAGUUACCCGCCGAGGUCGCCACCGUUGAGUACGCCGCUUUCUUGGAGACCGUCAACCAGCCGGAGAUCCGCCCCCGCUGCCUGCAGCUCGCCACUGAUGCCGGUCUGGAUGUCGCUGCGAUAACCAAGCUGGUGGUGGAGACCGUGAGAGAGAGAGACGAAACCGAGUUCACACACCACAGCCAGGCGCUGGAGAUGGGAACUACAAAGGAGGACCUAAGAAAGAUCGAUGUCAUCGAUUGGCUGCUGUUUGACCCCGCCCAUCGAGCAGAGUCCCUAAAGCAGUCCAACGCCAUCAUGAGGAAGUUUCUGGCUGUGCAGAAACACGACGCAGCCAAGGCGGUGUUCUCUAAAGUUCCAGAGGAUUCAAUGAGGGAGAUUUACUGCCAGUGGUCGGGGGCUGGUCAGACCUCGUCUCUACCUGCUGAGGACGAGAACGCCAUCCGAGAACACCUGUGUAUCAGAGCCUAUCUGGAAGCCCAUGAGGCCUUCACUGACUGGUUCAACCACAGUAGCUCUGCGCCCCAGAAACCAGCACCUGCCCCUGAGGCCAAAUUCACAGAGAGAGUAGCCAAUGAGAUGAGAGAAAAGGAGUACCAGGCCUCCCUGUCUGCCUGGUCGUGCCGUCUGGACGUUCUAACUGAAGAUGUGAAAGAGAGAAUCUACAACGUGCUGCUGUUCGUAGACGGAGGAUGGAUGAUCGACAACAGACCGGAUUCUGAGCCGGAUUCAGAGCGCAGGCACCAGAUGGCGGCGUUGCGCUCUCUGUGCCUGCCUCGCCUCACUUUUUUGCUGCUCAGCGUGCUGCAGAACUCCUCCAGACACCAGGAGGCGCUGCGACUCGCUGACAUCAUCUCAUCUGACCAGCACCGCCUCUACCAGGUUUUCUCUAAAGAGGAGCUGAGAAGGUUUCUCCUGAAGUUGAGGGAGUCGUCGCUCGCUCUAUUGGACCGAGGACUCGAUCCACUGGGCUACGAGUUACAGACAUGAACACAAAGAAAAUACACACACACACAGAGCAGUGUUUGAAUCCCUGUUGUCUUUUUGUAUUGUCUUAAUCUUUUUUUUGCAAAAUAAAGGCCCGUGUUUUUCUGUAGUA